CCAAUUUCCCUCCGAAAAAAAGGAAAAACUUUUAAUCUUUUUUUUAGGAUCUGGACACUGAACUAACGCUGAGCUGUCAAAUUGCUUCGUCCAAGCAAACGCAACAACAAGAGCAACAACAAACAAAGUCCCGCGUCUUCCUCUCCUCUUCUUCUUCUGCAUCGUGGUUGCGCUUCUCUGUCUGUACGGAUUCCGACUGAUACCAGAAACCGAACAUGGCGAAUUUCGACAACACACCGCCGGAGAAUCAUCACAAGGACGGGGAAUCGUUGCCUCCUCCGCCCGUCGUCCUACCUCCACCGCCGGGCGCAGGCCUUGGAGUUCCGCCGCCGAUGGGCCCGGCGGCCGGGGACAUGGAGUCCGGGUUCGGGGUUCGGGGAAUCUUGAGGCGCUGGAGAAGAGAGGAUCGGCUGAACAAAGCGUCGGUAAUAUGUAGAGGGUUGGGUUUCGUUUUCUCCCUCCUUGCUUUCAUAAUCAUGGCCAGCAACAACCACGGCGACUGGAUGAGCUUCGACAAAUACGAAGAGUACAGGUAUUUGGUGGGGAUAACCGUUCUAUCGACUCUAUACGCCGGAGCUCAGGCGUUCCGGCAGGUUCACGAGCUUCACUCCGGCAAAUACACGAUUCCGCUCCAGCGGCGAACUUCCGCCAUCGUCGACUUCUGCAGCGAUCAGGUAGCUUCCUACCUACUUAUGUCAGCAGCCUCUUCGGCAGUGCCUCUGACCAACAGAAUGCGGGAAGGUGCAGACAACAUAUUCACAGACACAUCGGCAGCAGCUAUCAGCAUGGCACUCCUCGCAUUCAUCGCCCUUGCUCUCUCUUCUGUCGUUUCUGCACACAAGCUCUUCACUCAAUCUUACAUUUAGAAGACCUCUUCUUCCCCCCCACAUUCAUUCUCCUUCCUUCUCUUUUAUGGGUUUUCAUUCUUUUAG